AUGUACAUUAAGGGAAUUGAAGAGCCGUUGAUAACCCGUUUAUUUGCGACCACGUUGAUGGGAGCAGCUGAAUCAUGGUUCUCAUCUCUACCAGCGGGAUCCAUCAAAUCGUUUGAAGAGUUCGGAGGUAGAUUCUUGCUGAAUUUUGCUACAAGUAAAAAACAGCCCAAGUUUGAAUUCGCGCUGGGAAAAAUAAAACAGCAACCUAGUGAAACGCUGCUGAAGUAUUUUGACCGUUUCAAAAUGGCCGCCUUACAAGUUCCCGGGUUGUCUGAGAAUGUUCAUUUACAUUUGGUGAUUGCCGGCCUCCACGGAUCCUCCAGGUUAGCUAGAUCCGUAUACAAAAACCCAGUCCGAACUCUAGUUGAGUUCACUGCACGGUCCAAAAAAUAUUUGGAGCUCGAGCAGAUGGAGAUUGAAAAUGCAGACCCAAGGCAACACCACGGCCAGAUGGAGAAACUCGGAAAUCGAAGGCAAAGUGAUUUCCGGGGUAAAAGGCCAGAAGAGAAAGUUUCAACUAAAGUUAAAUUUGAUAGAUAUACACCUAUGAAUUCGUCCAGAUCCCAAAUCUGGAGAGAGGUAGCAUCCACCGAAAUGAAGAGGGUGGAUAGGCCACGACCAUUACAAAAUCCAGCCAGCCUGGACCAAUCUCGAUAUUGCGCGUUCCAUGAUGGCCCUGGCCAUACAACCGAUGAAUGCUGGGAUCUAAGGGACGCAAUUGAAAGAUAUAUCAGGGAAGGAAAGUUGCGUCAAUACUUGAUAAGAACUCAAGGGUGGAAGAAUAAUAAGAAGAGGAGAGGAGGACAACUUAUAAGCCCGCCCCGAGAAAAGAAGUUCAGGGAUGAAGGCCGAGGUAAGAAGCCGGCCAAAGAAGAGGAUGAUGAAUUCAUAGAACCUGAGUUUGAGUGCAAUGUUAUUAGCGGGGGUUUUGGUGGAGGAGGUGAUACAAUGAAUGCCAGGAGAAAGUAUUUAAGAGAGGCAUUCCAGAAUAUGAACCUGGAUGUGGAAGAUUUGAAACCCUGCAACACGGCUUUGAUUGUGUUCAAUGGCCGCGAUACUAUCCCUAAGGGAUACAUUGACCUGAGGCUUACCUUGGGAACAAAGGAGGCUUACAAGUCGGAAAGGAUAAGAUUCAUAGUGGCUGACUUCCCGUCGGAGUAUAGCGUAAUUCUGGGAAGGCCAACUAUCCACGAUUGGGAUAUGCUGGUCUCCACCAAGCAUCAGAAGCUCAAGAUGAUUGGUAAGCAGAACACAGUAAUCACCAUUCCUGGGGAUCAAAAAGAAUCUCGGGAUUGCUAUUUUAAGUCGGUCAGAGCAAUAGGCAGUAACCUAAAGACACCAGCCGGGGUGAACCCCAGUAAUAAGCAGGAUAACUCCAAGAGGGCGGAGGACCAGUCAACAACCAAGGAGAUAAUUAUCUCCUUGAUGAGGAGGCUAACGAUAGCCCAUUCACUGAAAGGCUCAUGA